GCUAACCCUCCGAAACAUGCAGAAACCCGUCAUAGUCAGAACCUCCGCUGGCUAUAUUCUGAAUUUUCUCAUCAAGGGGCCAAAACUCCGCAGUAUGUUUUGGAAUUUUGCGACGCGCAUGCACAUGUAUACAGGUGUUAGAGAGGACGAGCUUCACAGCGUCCUACUGUUCACUCGCCCGGAAGUAGACAAGGAGACUUUUCCAGUAGUCGAUAUGACGCGCAUGCAGUACGGAGAGGCGGGGAGGGGCACUUAUGGUGAAAAUUAUUUCCUAGGAACGCUAGAGAAGUUUUUGAGCUCCAUGAAAAGGGUGUGUGGCACGGCGGCACUUACGUUCAUGGAUCGAGAAACUUUGAUACGUGGCAUAUGCCCAACAAAAGAGAUCGAAGAGAGGUUGAAGGCCUGCGCGGAGCGGGCCUGGCGUCGUUGGUUGAGGAGGAAUGAGGAGGGUUGGUGUGAUCAUUGUGGGAAAGGCGGCCAGGAGCUGUUCCGUUGCGAGGCUUGUAAGGUGAAGGUGGUUAGGUAUUGUUGCAAGGAGCAUCAGCAGGCUGGAUGGGGGUUGCAUAAGUUUUGCUGUGAGGGAGUAGUGGCGUGAUGGGGAGAAAUAUUCUGUAUAGCCUCGUAGAAAGCAUACAUAUUUUCCGAAAGCAGCUCUUAAGUCAAUGUCAGACCAGAACAAUGGAAUGGAAC